UCAAAAGAAAGAAAGUUUUCGGCUGUGCUGGCUGGCUGCAGCUUGAGAAGAUCAUCAAGUAAAUUUCCUCCAAGUCGUGCUCCCCGUGUUCGGCGAAGCGUUGUCACUGCGUGGCUUAAUUGGCCCCAGCAAAAAAAAAAAAAACAUUUAAAAAUCUUCAAAAAAAAUCUACAAAGAAAAUAAAUAUAACAAAAAAAAAGUAUCUCAAGAUUGUGAUUGUGAAAGUUCCUGCAAACAAAAAAAAAAAGAAGACAUGUACUUAAAGCAUCGUUUAUUACUAUUAGUCGCACUAAUAUGCGCACAACCCUAUGGCCAGUUGGCCCAUGCCAAUGAGGAUGAAUCCAAUCCGCUGUUGGACAUGGCAUCCAUGUUCUUUCAGGAGGCAUUAAGUGGCCAAAACGGAGCUGCUGGCGGAAACGGCGGUGGUGCUGGUGCAGGUUUGGCUGGCAUGGCUUCGCUGCUUGGCACCUUUAUGCAGGCCAAUGGUAAAUCCGGAGGCGGUGCUGGAGGCAACGGUGCCAUGCAAAUACUUUCGGGUCUGGGCAGUCUGCUUGCCAACAGUGCACGUGGAAAUGAUGCCGCUGGCGGUGGUGGUGGAUUCGAUCCAUCCAUCAUUGGAAAUGUUCUAGAAAUGUUCACCCAGAGCGAUGACGAAGAGACUGCUCAAUCUUCUGACCAAAAACGCAGCAAUGGUGCUGGAUCCACUGAAGGCGCUGGCAUUGGCCUAGAUACCAUACUGCAGGUAGCCUCUGCCUUUAUGAACACCCAGGGAGCAGGAGAUAAUUCAGCAUCGUCAUCCAAUCAUCAUCAGCAGAAACGAUCCGCUGACAAAGAUCAGGCCGAUACGGACAAUGGGCUUAUGAAUUUGCUUCCCUUGGUUAUGCAGGCAGUCAGUUCAUUUGCUGGACCAGAGGGACAAAGUACACAGGAACGUCACAAGAGUCACGCCUGGGUUUUGCCUCCCUUCCUGGAGCAUAUUCAUGUGCUGUGGGAUCAUUUCUCAAACUCGGAACUGGCCGAUGCAUUGUACGAGAAAUCCGGUGUGAAUAAAAUAAUGAAGGGCUUCAAGAGCAGCGAUGGCAAAUUGGACUAUGAUAAGCUCUUUGAAUCUCUGAAUAAUCAAUCGUUCCGUCGCCGCUGGAUUAAAUCGGCCACUUUGUAUUUGGCCGAUUGGGCAAGUUAUCUGGCCAAUCCUGAUGUGUAUUUGAGAUAUUUCCAGACAGCCCAGAUUAUGUUCAAUGGCCUACUUAAAUCUCAAGGUUAUCCAAAACAAACACAUUUCGAUCCCAGCCAUCCCAGUGAGACCAUAUCGAAUCUAAUGGAUCAUGUGGCCAAACAUCAUUUGAAUGUGAAAAUUGAUUCCAGACAAUAUGUGAAGCCAGCGGUGGGUUAUGCCAAGGAGCUGCUCAAACUGGGUCAGGCACGCGGUCUAUUGCAGUUCAAUGCCACCGAGAUCAGUGACAAGCUAACGGAUACGCUCAAUCUAGAGGUUAUCGAACCAGUGCUAAAAGUGCAUCGUGCCUAUAGAUACAUAUCCAAGACUCCGCAGUGUGAUCGCUAUGUGCUCUGCCAGCUGAAUGCAGCUGCUUUGGAGCAACAAAAGAAGCAAGAACAGCCAUCGGAGAAGGCCAAGCAGCAAUCGGCAUCUGGAUCGACGUCUGCUCUGAUUGCCGGCGUUAGUCCAAAAAUUGUCAAGAUCGGUAGCAUGGGUGCAGCAAUCUUUAUUAGCACUGAAACCGGUACACCAUUCUGGACGCUAUUCGGUGUAAUCAAUGCGCCAUACAAUUGUGAGGCCAAAUAUCCAGUUGACUGCAAUGGCUUCCACGAGGGUGAGGCCAAGGUAACCACGGAAUACAUACACAAUGAGCUUUAGUGGCCAAUUCCAGUGGCACAAAAGUUCAUUAAGAUUACUAUCGUUUAGCUCUAAUUGAGUUUUUGUGUGUGUAUAUAGUAUUACGAAUUGAAAUAAAUUUACAAUUAAA